AUGAAACUUUUGGUUAUUAUCUUUAUUGUGAUAUUUAUAAAUAGUGCAUACACAGGUGCAAAUUGUGUUUAAGCAUUUUGUUCAAAGGAAAUUAAAUGAUGUAGAGAAGUUUAGACUUGUUCAUAACAUCUUUCUAAAUGAACAAAUGAAUUUAGAAAUAGUGUUAAAAAGGCAUAAGAUUCUAAAGCUUAUAAAUGAACUGAACAUGCAUAUGAUGAUGUAAAAAGAUUUAAUCAUUUAAUUUAAGUUUAAUUAUUGUAUGCGAAAUCACGAAAAUGCCAGAGCCAUUAAUGAGUGUUAAGCUAGGCAUUGUCUUAAAAAGAAUUUGA